UUUUACUCUCUCCUCUAUAUCUCAUUUAAUUUGCUUUCUCUCUCUACCACUCAUCGAAACUUUGUCCUCUCCUCUCUCUUCACUUCUCUUUCUCUCUCUAAGAUUUAUUUGUUUCCUCUCUCUACUCUCGAGAGUCUUAGACGUAAACAAUUCGAAAAACUGAGAGCUUAUUGGUUCGCUAUAGAAAACAGUUUCGCUCUCUGCAACUGCCUGUAACUGCUCUGCCAAGAAAGAGCUUGGAUUUUCUCUCUCCUCUCUCUCUCAUGGCUGAUUCUUGUGAUCUCCAACAAAAACAUGGGCUUUCCGAUCUCCAAAAACCAGAAGAAGAGAGAGAGAGAAAAGAAGAAGAGGGGGGAGGAGAGAAGUGUGUGGGUUUGUCCCGAAAGGACUUUCCCCCUUCGUUCAUUUUCGGCGUCGCCACUUCAUCUUACCAGAUUGAAGGGGCUACAAAUGAGGGGGGUAAGGGACCUAGUAUAUGGGACAUUUUUUCACACAGUGAAGGCAAAAUUCGUAAUGGAGACCAUGGGGACGUUGCAGUCGACCACUACCAUCGUUACAAGGAGGACGUCGAACUUAUUGCCAAAUUGGGAUUUGAUGCAUAUCGUUUCUCCAUAUCUUGGCCUCGUAUCUUUCCUGAUGGGUUUGGUACUGAAGUAAACAAAGAAGGAAUUACCUACUACAACAAUCUCAUUGAUGCCUUGCUAGAAAAAGGCAUUCAUCCUUCUGUGACGUUGUACCACUGGGAUCUUCCAUAUAAACUUCAUGAGACAAUGGAUGGGUGGCUUAGCAAGAAUAUUGUAAAAUGCUUUGCACUGUAUGCUGAAACUUGCUUUGAAGCUUUUGGGGAAAGAGUUAAGCAUUGGGUCACUUUCAACGAGCCACUUCAAACUGCGGUGAAUGGCUAUGGUACCGGAAUUUUUGCUCCAGGAAGAUGCUCAGAUAGGAAACACAGUGAUCUUGGAGAUUCAUCAACUGAACCUUACUUAGUUGCACAUAUCCAACUUCUGGCUCAUGCAGCAGCUGUUGAGGUGUAUAAGAGAAAGUUCAAGGAUAUUCAAGGUGGUGUUAUAGGGUUGGCACUUGACUGUGAAUGGGCCGAGCCUUUCAGUGAUUCAUUAGAAGAUAAAGAAGCUGCGCAAAGACGUGUUGAAUUUCAGCUUGGAUGGUUCCUCGACCCAAUAUAUUUUGGGGACUACCCAGCGAUUAUGCGUGAGAAACUCGGAGAUCGUCUUCCAAAAUUCACAAAUGAUGAGGUUGCAUUAUUGCGAGGAUCAGUGGACUUUGUUGGUCUGAAUCACUACACGUCAAGAUUCAUCAAGCCAUGUUCUCGAGGUUUCCAAUGGAAUGGUUUCUAUGAUGAGCAAGAGUUGGAGAGAAUAGCUGAGUGGGAUGGAAAGGCAAUUGGAGAGAGGGCUGCAUCUGAGUGGCUUUACAUAGUUCCUUGGGGCAUUAGAAAAGUUAUCAGCUACAUGACCGAGAAAUAUGAUAGACCACCAAUAUAUGUGACUGAAAAUGGGAUGGAUGAAGAAGAUGGUGAGUCAUUAUCACUGCAAGAUGCAUUGAAUGAUACAAAGAGAGUGAAUUACUUUAAGGGGUAUCUUACUUCUGUAGCAAACUCUAUCAAGGAUGGGGCGGAUGUUCGAGGGUAUUUUGCAUGGUCACUUCUGGACAACUUUGAGUGGGCACAGGGUUAUUCAAAGCGUUUCGGUUUGGUGUAUGUGGAUUUCAAGGAUGGCCUGACUAGGCAUUCCAAAGCGUCAGCCAACUGGUUUUCUGAUUUCCUCCACAAAAAUGACCAGGUUCUUGGCCAAAACGGAGUCAUGAAUGAAUUAAAAUGUUCCACAUAAAAUAGGUUGCUAAAUUUAGGAGUUGGCUCUGAUACCAUGUUAGGGAUCCAUCAUAUAUCAUAGAAAUAAUCCUGUGGCCAUGAGAAUGGCAUAUAUAGAAAAUCUAACAACCCUCUCAUAUUUUUCUUCUUCAGCUCUUUUGGUUUUUUUUUUGUUGUUUUUUCCUUUAUUGCUUAGUUAUACAAGGGUCAGGUUUGAAAGUUUAGAUCAUUUUGCAUUUUAAAUGCAUAAUGAACUGAGUGUUUUUUAAGUUAAAAAAAAGAAAAGAAAAAGAACUGAGUGUUUUUUCUUUGUUGUUAGAACAGACAAACAGAUGCUGGUUUGAAAUUUUCUUUCUAUUUUGGUGCAUGUUCUGAAAUUUUCUGGUUUAUUUCUGAGAAUGGACAAAGUAAUAUUGGUUUGAAA